UCUUAAUCUUGUGCUGGCAUAGCACUCCUCUCGUAACCAUGGCGACAUCGCCAGACUUCCUGGCGUCGGCUUCCGUUGUCAGAUUUCUGGAGGAGAGCGACAACGAGAAACACAGGGACGUGGCGAAGAGGCUUGCUAGCAAUACUACGGAAACAUCGCCGGGGUCAUUGAAGCCUGCGGGCCCGGCUAGGCUGGCAACAGCCGCCCAGGGCUAUUUUGCCCCGUUCGAUGUCGCCAUGCCGGAGCUGAUCGACACGUUUGCAGCACCCCACCUGGUGGUGCAGGAGCUGGCGGACCAGCUGUACAACAUCAAGCCCGGCGACACUGCUACUAUCGGACUGCGCGAUCGGCUGUUGCGCGGCGUCGAUGAGGUGCUGGCACGUCAGCGGGCUGCCGAGGCGCUGGGGCUAAUGCCCGCCGACUUCGCCGCCAUAACGGGCGAGACCCUGUUCCCGGCCUGGCUGGCCGAGCUGAUGGCGGACCCCGCGUGCGGCGGCGGGUUCGCAGUCGAGAGCCAGUGCCCAUGGGACGCGGCGUCGCUGUGGGGGUACACGGUCGCCGACGCCGCCGACGCCAAGCUGGCGACGCCCACGGCGGUCAUGCUGGAUCUAAACCACAGGCUGGGGCUCACUCGAAUAAAGACCGAGCUUAUGCGACGAUCGGGCUUCCAACUACAAGACAUACUGGACCUGGCCAAGUCGCAGUGCUUCGGACAGCACCUUGUUAUCACCAACGAGACGGGCGCCGGGGGCUUUGCGGGCGGCGGACUGGAGGGGCUGAGACUGCUGGGGCGCGCAACACAGUCGCCCUUUCCGCCCCUGGAUGAAGAACUAUGCUUUGCGCUGCAGGCCUUCCUGCGCCUGCAGGUUAAGCUUGGGUGGUCGACCAAGAAGCUGGACGCGGCCAUCGUCUGUCUACGCGAUCACGAGCUCGACAUGUCACCGGGCACGACCCGGACGGGGACCCUCGCGGCGCAGAGCGUGUGCCGCUCGCGUCUGCUUGUCAUCUCCCCCUUCGUGGUGCAGGGCCUGGCGGCACUGCGCCAGCUGAGCAAACUCUGCGGCAUUGAGGAACCCCGCCUGCUGCCGCUAUGGGGGCCGAUCGACAGCCACGGCGAGCAGUCGCUGCUGCAUCGCGAGUUCCUGCGUCCGGCGCUCCGCAACAUCGACCCCAUCUUUGCGGUGCCCCCCGACGGGCAGUACCUGACCGAAGAUGGGCGGAAGUCCAAAGUGAACAUGCACUACGUGGGCCUCAGCGCGAGCCUCAACUGGCCCGUCGAAUUCCUCGAGGACCUGCUUAAGGCCACCGGACUCACCAACGCCGACCUGACGGUCGCGACGCUCUCCACGCUAUAUCGACGCGUGCUGUUAUGUCGCAUGCUCAACGUUGCGCCAAGCCAGUGCGUCCGCUUCUGGCACUUGUUUUUCAUCACCCAGGACGGCGACCCGCUGGCGGACCCAGAAGCCACGCUCGCGGCCGUGCAGCAGUGGAUGCUUCUGCUAGACGCUGGCUGGACCCUAGAUUCCCUCUCGGCGGCGCAGCUGGGGCCCCAGGCUAGAGCCACGGCGCCUAGCGGAGUGGGACUGCAGACGACGGCGACAAACCUUAACAGCAGCAAAGAGAUUUGAAAGUCGCUGUCUAUUGUAGCUAAGUCAUUUUAGAUGCUAGUCCUGCUC